AACUUAGCACGUAAAACGGCACGGCAAAUAAAGCUUGACACGGCGAAAUUUGACACAGCGAAACUUGACACGGUGAAACUUGGCAUAGCAAAAGUUGGCAGGCGAAAGUCGGCACAGUAA